AUGUCAACUUUGCAGGAUCCGCUUGCAAAGCCGGUAUGGCCCCAGAUAUCAACCGAGCUAGAAGAGCAGUUGGUUGCUGUUCUUUGCAACCUACUGGCGCCGCUGGGCUCUGUAAAAGAACCCGCAUCUAUCCCUGAUCUUUUCUCUCGCGUCACAGUUGGCUUCAAUUCUACAAUGGCUGCGGUCGAAGAACAUUUCGGAGAUGGACCCAAGCUCGAAGCGAUCAUUGUUUGUCGUGGCGACCUCGAGCCCAUGAUUUACUCGCCGUUUGGUCUUGCCAGCUCCGCCGGUCAAAUUCGCCUCGUCCCCUUAUCGAAAGGUUCUGCUCUGAAACUGUCAACAUCGAGCGGUCGUGAGGCUACGGCUAUUGGUAUUAGGAGUGGCGUCGACGCUGUUACGAAACUGAUUGGUGACGUUGGCUAUGCACAGACUAAUUGGGCUUUCGCUUCGCCCCAACUUUUAUCCCGAAGACCUGCUAAAGCAAAGGCAAACAACAAGAAAACAAAACCUGUAGCUUAA